AUGCAAUCUAUUGAACAACACUACUACCGUGAGACUGAAGAACAUAACUAUAAUGGAUGCAAACUGUUCGUGAAGAAAGACGACAUGUUGGAUUCACUUGAUGGCAAGGAACGUAGCUACGAUAACAGUACGAAUGGUAUUAAUUUCACGAUCAGAAAGGUGAAUCUUAUGUUUGUUUUCAUUGUAGUUGUAUGGAUAUUCUUUUUUAAUAAAUACGUGA